UAGUCUUGGUAACCCCAGUGAGCUGCAACCAUGAGUUCAGAUGCAGAAAUGUCUAUAUUUGGGCCGGCUGCCUCAUUUCUCCGAAAAUCAGAGAAAGAAAGAAUUGAAGCCCAGAAUGCUCCAUUUGAUGCAAAAUCAGCUACAUUUGUAAUAGAUGACAAAGUAGCUUAUGUUAAGGGAGCAAUCCAAAGUAAGGAAGGUGGCAAAGCUACAGUAAAAACUGAAGAUGGAAAGACUGUAACAGUUAAAGAUGAUCAAGUCUUCCCACAAAACCCACCCAAGUUUAACAAAAUUGAAGAUAUGGCCAUGAUGACUCAUCUCCAUGAACCAGCUGUGCUGUAUAACCUCAAAGAGCGUUAUGCAGCCUGGAUGAUCUACACUUAUUCAGGCCUUUUCUGUGUCACUGUUAACCCCUACAAGUGGUUGCCAGUGUACAAUCCAGAGGUGGUUGCUGGGUACAGAGGAAAGAAGCGUCAGGAAGCCCCUCCCCACAUCUUCUCCAUCUCUGACAAUGCGUAUCAGUUCAUGUUAACUGAUCGUGAAAACCAGUCAAUCCUUAUCACUGGAGAAUCUGGUGCUGGGAAGACUGUAAACACAAAACGUGUCAUUCAGUAUUUUGCAACAAUUGCAGCCCUGGGUGAAAAGAAAAAAGAAGUUGAGGCUCAAAGUAAGGGAACUCUGGAAGAUCAAAUCAUUCAGGCUAACCCACUGCUGGAAGCAUUCGGUAAUGCCAAGACCAUUAGGAAUGACAACUCAUCUCGCUUUGGUAAAUUUAUUCGAAUCCACUUUGGAACCACAGGAAAGCUGGCUUCUGCUGAUAUUGAAGCCUACCUUCUGGAAAAAUCCAGAGUAACAUUCCAGCUGAAAGCUGAAAGAUGCUACCAUAUCUUCUACCAGGUCAUGUGUAAUAAAAAGCCAGAACUCAUUGAGAUGCUUCUGAUUUCCACUAACCCAUAUGACUUCCCAUAUGUGAGUCAGGGUGAGAUUACGGUGCCAAGUAUUGAUGAUGCAGAAGAGUUAAUGGCGACAGAUGGUGCCAUUGACGUCCUCGGCUUCACCCCAGAAGAAAAAGUUGGCAUCUACAAGCUGACAGGUGCAGUGAUGCAUUAUGGGAACAUGAAGUUUAAGCAGAAACAGCGAGAGGAACAGGCUGAGCCGGAAGGAACUGAAGAUGCUGACAAAGCUGCUUAUCUGACGGGUCUCAAUUCAGCAGAUUUACUAAAGUCAUUGUGUUAUCCCAGAGUAAAGGUUGGAAAUGAAUUUGUAACCAAAGGGCAGACUGUCCAACAGCAAUAUUCACCUUUCUUGGAAAAAGUUGGAAAGAACACAGCUAAUGCGGAUCGAUUACUGAAUGAGCAAAUUUAUGAAGAAAGAUUCACAAGGAUGCGAGAUACAAGUGAUACGCAUGCAUCCAAACAGUACUGUUGUUUUAGCAUUAAGACUAAUGCGGAUCGAUUACUGAAUGAGCAAAUUUAUGAAGAAAGAUUCACAAGGAUGCGAGAUACAAGUGAUACGCAUGCAUCCAAACAGUACUGUUGUUUUAGCAUUAAGAGUAAAAACAGCUUAUUGUGUUAA